GUCGAUAACAUCUAUAUUAAAAAAAUGUUUUUAUAGCUGUUUAUUAUUUUUAAAUAGUAAUUCAAUUAAUGUAAAUUGUUGAUUGGCCAGCCUGACUGUCACUGUAAAUGUCAACAAAUUUGAAACAAACUCAGCUGAAAUCAUGAAAAAAACCGGAAAUAAAUGGUUAGGUUUGUUUCUCGACCCGGAAAAAACGGACCAUAAUGCCCCCCCAGCGAAACUUGCAAACGCGUCGAAAAAAGACACAUCAGUCACGUCUCCGGUGCCUAAAAAACGCAGCUUUAACUUUCACCAACGCUUAGCGCCGAAGACAGUGCCGGAUUUGGCCAUCCAUUCGAAAAAAAUCGCCGAAGUUGAGCACUGGUUACAAAGCAACGUCUGCGAUAAUAAAAACAGAUCUCCGAAUGCGAAGUUUUUGCUGGUUACGGGCCCCCCGGGGUCGGGAAAGUCGAUCACGAUUCAAAUUUUAUGUAAGAAAUUGUCAAUUGACAUUACAGAGUGGGUGAACCCCCUGGAUCAGGAUUUUGAGGUGUGUCGGGGGCCCAAUCAAGUGGUUCGAUUUGUGGAGUUUUUGACCGAGUCUAAAUGGAAUUCGUUGUUUUCUACUGGAAGUAAGAAAGUUAUUUUAGUUGAGGAGUUUCCAAACACGUUUUUGAGGAAUUGUGACGAGUUUGGAACAGUUUUGGAGGAAUGUUACUACAAAGGGAAUUAUCCAGUCAUUUUCGUUUGCACGGACACGUUUGAUAAUAAAAUUAAUUUAAGCGAUAAAUUAUUUAGUGAAGAAAUAAGGGUUAAAUAUCAAAUUUCGACGAUUAGUUUCAACGGUUGCGCCCCAACUUUGAUGAAAAUUGCCCUUAAAAGGGCUCAAAACCUUGUUCAGGAGAAUCUCGAUUUGUUCAAAAUUCCGGCCCAAAGUACAGUCUCUGCCAUCAUUUCGACGUCAAUGGGCGAUUUGAAAUGUGCCUUAAAUCAGUAUUAUUUUGCCGCUCUUUUAGGAACUUCAGACUUGCCAACAACUCAAACGCAAAAACCCGGAACCAAACGCAAACGUGAUAAUUCCUCUUCAGUGGAAAUAAUGUCACGUGAUGAAAAUUUGGGUCUUUUUCAUGCCCUCGGCCGGGUCUUGAAUCCGAAAUUGGGUGAAAAUGGCCGAAUCGCUUACGAUUUUGACCGACUGAUCAAUGAGUUUACCUCACAACCUGGAGUUUUCACCGGAUUUUUAUUCGAGAAUUAUUUGAAAUAUUUCGGGGAUAUUUUUGAUGCUUGUUUGGCGAGCGAGAAUCUCAGUUUGGGCCAGACUUUCCUCGAGAAGUUGGUCGAUCGGCAUGAUAUUCUCGAUUACGCGCUUUGGGUCUCCGUUUUGGGGUUAAUGGUACAUAAUAGGCAUAAAGUGUCGCGGUGGAACCAAAUCAGGGGCCCUACCAAGGUCCAAAAGGUUGUGCCCAAUCGCGAGAUGUCAGUGUUGGAUCUUUAUUAUUACAAUGUGAUUAAUAAUAAGCCAAAUUCUGGCUUUGUACUGUGAUUAAUAAAAUUGAAUAUCGCGCCUUAA